GUGAAUUGUGCCGGUGAAUUGCAUGGCCAAUUCUCCUUUGAAAGGCGAUCGAACAGAGACUCUACUCCGGCGACGCCAUUUGACGAUGUCAGUUACAAUCCAGGACCUUGCCACUGGGUGGGAGUUCAAAGCCACCUCACGCCAGCCCGACAAUGUCACCCAGGCUGCGGCCUUUGACUCUUGGCAUCCAGUCCAUUCAGUCCCGACAGAGGUGCACCUCGACCUGCACCGAUCCGGACUCAUCCCAGAUCCCUUUGUCGACUUGAACGAGCUCAGUGUUCGCUGGGUGGCGGAUCAGCAAUGGACCUACCGCUGUCAAUUCGCCAGCCCUGCCUCCAGGGCAUCGUCAUCCAUCACGGAUCUCGUGUUUCAAGGCCUCGAUACAUUUGCGACUGUCUCCCUAAACGGCGAGGUGAUUCUCGAAUCCGACAAUAUGUUCAUCUCCCACCGGGUCAACGUCACAGACAAGCUCAGGCCCGACGGCGCACUCAACGACCUCGGCAUCACCUUUGAGUCCGCACGCCUUCGUGGCUUGGAGCUGGUCAAGGAACACCCCGAGCAUCGUCAUAUUGUGCACCAGACCGAGAUCGGCCGUGGACCCGUGCGCAAGGCGCAGUACCAAUGGGGAUGGGACUGGGGGCCGAUUAUGCUAACCUGCGGACCGUGGAAGCCUGUUCUGGUCGAGACGUAUAGUCUGAGGAUUGACGACCUGCACGUUACGUAUUCGCUGGAGGAUGGUCGAAGUCGUGCCAACGUGUCUAUCAAUUUCAAGACUCGAGGAUUAUUGCCAGGGGCUGGUGUUUCCUUCGAGGUCCUCGUUGAUGGGGAAAACGUCGGCAGCUCGAGUACCGACGCAGGCGGAGAUGGAGAGCUGGAGCUGGUCAUCAAGACGCCCAAGCUGUGGUGGCCACGCGGUUACGGCGAUCAAAAUCUCUACGCCCUGAAAGUGCGACUUCUCAGCGACGACAAAACAGUUCUAGACAGUGUGACCAAGAAAAUCGGCCUUCGUAGCGUCGAGCUCGUCCAAGAAAAAGACGCCAUCGGGCAGUCCUUCUACUUCCGCAUCAACGGUGUCGACAUAUUCUGCGGCGGGGCCUGCUGGAUCCCCUCGGACAGCUUCCUCACGCGCACCAACCCAUCGCAAUACCGGGACUGGAUCACGCGCCACGUGGCAGAGGGCAACCAGGCCAUGAUCCGCGUCUGGGGCGGCGGCAUCUACGAGGCCGACGCCUUCUUCGACGCCUGCGACGAGGCCGGCGUCCUGGCCUGGCAGGACUUUUGCUUCGCCUGCGCAAACUACCCCGCGCACCCCGGGUUUCUGCAGUCCGUCGAAGCCGAGGCGCGACAAAACGUGCGGCGGCUGAGGCACCACCCUUCGCUCGUCGUCUGGGCCGGGAACAACGAGGACUACCAGAUCGUGGAGCGCUACGGGCUGCAGUACGACUUUGCAGGCGACAAGGACCCGCAGUCGUGGCUGCGGACAAACUUCCCCGCCAGGUACAUCUACGAACACCUCCUGCCCCUGAUCGUCGAGGAGGAGUACGGCGCCAAGAGGAACCAGGCUCUGGUCGCAUACCACCCCAGCAGCCCCUGGGGCGACGGCACCAGCACCACGCUGGUGGUGGACCAGACGGUCGGCGACGUGCACCAGUGGAACGUGUGGCACGGCGCCAUGCGUCCGUAUCAGCUCCUCCCCGAGAUGGGCGGGCGGUUCGUCAGCGAGUUCGGUAUGGAGGCGUACCCGCACGCGUCGACGCUCGCGGGCGCGGUCACGGACCCGAGGCAGAGGCGGCCGGGCAGCAUGGCCAUGGACUUUCGCAACAAGGCCGGCGGGCACACCAGGCGGCUGCUCGCGUACGUCGGGGAGAACUUUGACCUGCACGGCACGGGCGGGACGCUCGAGGGCUUUGCAUACCUGACGCAGGUGAUGCAGGCGGACGCCAUGCGCGCCGCGUACAGGGGCUGGAGGCGGCAGUGGGGCGGCCGGCGGUGCGGCGGGGUGUUGGUCUGGCAGCUCAACGACUGCUGGCCGACCGUCAGCUGGGCGGUGGUCGACUACCGCGGGGUCAGGAAGCCGGCUUGGUAUGCCAUCCGGGAUGCGUUGAAGCCGGUUGCGGUCGGGGUGGACAGGAGGUUCUUUGACUGCACAAACAGGCCGGCUGACAAGACCUGGCAGAGGGAUACGGGCCAUGUCGAUCCGAGGCUGGCGUGGGGGAGCAGCGAGAGGCCCGAGGAGGUACUCAGCGACUUGUGGAUUGCGAAUGGGACGACCAAGGACGUCUCGGGGAAAUUGACAGUAUCGUUUGUGUCUGUCAAGUCGGGGAGGGUGUUGAAGGAGCUGUACGACACGCCUCUUGAUAUCGUGGCCAAAGCAAACCACACCACAGAGGUUGAAGUGAAGCAGAGUCAGCCCGUGUCAGAAGGGAGGGGUGUCUUCAAUCCAGCUCAAGAGGACCCAUUCAUUAUUCACGCCAGACUAGAGCUUCUCGGCGAUGACGGCCAGGUUGCUGAGACGGUAGAAGACGUGUCUUGGCCGGAUCCAAUCAAGUGGCUGGACUUUGACGACCGCAAGGUUCAGGUUUCUGCUCAUGUGGAAGGGGAGCAGGCGGUUUUGACCAUCAGAGCGGAACGACCAGUCAAGGCCUUUGUCAUCCAGGAGAACCCUGACUUGAGGGUGAGCGAGAAUGGCUUUGAUCUUGUUCCCGGAUACGCAGCUACGGUGAAAGUGCACGGUUGCACUGAUGUCAAGGAGUUGGUGUGGAGGUAUCAUGGGCAGGUUGGUGGUGGCGAUGAGUGGGCCGAAAACCCUGAGGAUGGCGUAUAGCCUAGGGAUAAAACUGUAGUCUCAUGAAUAAUGACGCGAACUUUGUGCAAG